CGGCGAGGGGGCUGGACACUGGGCGUGGGGACUUGCGCGCGAGCCACGGGACCGGAGGGCGACCUGCACUUCCAGGUCCACAUCCCUCCGGUAGCCGGCGUGCACUCGUCCAGGCCUGAGACCGCCGCCUCCAGGAAGUUCCCCCGCCUUGGAGCUGGGCCUGGGGCCCCGCGAAACCCUCCGUGUGCGGUUGUGCGGAAGAUUUUGCGCGGCCGAAACUUUGAGGGAGCAGCAGUCUCGCCUCCUGGCUCCCUUGCUUCCUGCUAGCGAGCCCUCAGUGGGAGUAGGGUGUUGAUGCCAUUAUGCAGGAGCACAGGCUCCGAAGUUCUGCGGUGUGGUUUCGAAUCCUUGUUUUGCCCCUUGCUGGCUUUGGGACCCAGGGCAAGAAAAUUAAAGUCCUGUGGGCUCAGUUUGCACGUCUGUGUAAUGGGUUAUUCACAGCCUUGGUAACCUAGCGAAGCUACCGCCAAGAAUUUAAAAGUGCUUUUGGAGAAAGCAUUUGCGUUCACAGGAGACACACUGAAUGAUCACUAAGACCCACAAAGGAGACCUGGGCCUUGGGCUCCCAGAGAAAAAGAAGAAGAAGAAAAGGAAGGCAGUCAAAGAACCAGAGACUCAAUAUUCAGCUUUAAACAGUGACACUUAUUCUGCUGAGGUUUGUCCCACAAGAGUCACAUCACCCUCGAAGAAUAUGGUCCAAGGGCAGGCACCCGAAAUGCCUUUAGUGAAGAAAAAGAAGAAAAAAAAGAAGGGUCACAGCACUGGCUGCGGGGAGCCCCUAGAACCUGAGACCACAUCACGGGCUGGACAGACUGAGACGUCGCCCAGCCCCGGGAAGCAGGUGCUUGGUCCAUCCGAGCUCAGUGGGGAGAAGAAAAAAGGAAAGAGGAAGUCCUUGUCCCCUGGCUUGAGGGUGAAGACCUCCCCAGAUCCCAGGCAAGGUGACGAGGUGACCAGAGUUGGCAAGAAGCUCAAAAAACAAAAGAAGGAGAAAAAGGCUCAGGAAACCACAGCCGUCUCAGCCAGGGACCCUUGGUGCUGUGAGGCUGGGGAUGCUCCCUACACUUGCUCAGUAGUGAAGGAUGGUGAGGAGCAGGCAGCCUCGGGGCAGAAACGGAAGCAGGGGAGCCCCAGGGAACACAGCAUGAAGAUGAAGAAGAAAAAGAAAAUCCAUCAAGAGGGAGAUACCCUCCUGGGACACCCCAAGCUCUCCAUGUCUGUGGAGAGCAGCUCUAGGAAAAGAAGUAAAAAGAAGCCAGUCAAAGUCGAGGCUCCAGAAUACAUUCCUCUAGGAGAUGGCCCCAGGACCCCUGCAAAGAAGAAAAUGAAGUCCAAGAAAAAAGCAGAGCAGACAGGCGUUGAGGAGUCAACUUUGAAGAGGAAGAAGAAGAAGAAGAAGAAGAAGCAGGAGAGCAGAGCAGCAGCAGAACCUUGGGAGGAGGAGCCCGACACAGACUUAGAGGUGGUGUUGGAAAAGAAAGGCAACAUGGACGAGACGCACAUAGACCAGGUGAGGCGAAAGGCCUUACAAGAAGAGAUCGAUCGUGAGUCAGGCAAAACAGAAGCUUCUGACACCAAGAAGUGGACAGGAACUCAGUUUGGCCAAUGGGAUACUGCUGGUCUUGCAAACGAGGAACAGAAACUGAAAUUCCUCAAACUCAUGGGGGGCUUUAAAAAUCUAUCCCCUUCAUUCAGUCGCCCCCCCAGCACGACCGGAAGGCCCAACAUGGCUCUGAGCAAGAAGGCGGCCGACACCCUGCAGCAGAACCUGCAGCGGGACUACGACCGGGCCCUGAGCUGGAAGUCCAGCCGCGGGGCCGGCCUCGGCUUCGCCCCCGCCCCGGGCAAGGUCUUCUACAUUGACAGGAACGCGUCCAAGUCAGUCAAGUUUGAAGAUUAAACGCUACUGCCCUGUCCCCCAGAACAGCCACAGUUGCUUUUAUGGUUGUGUUACGCAGAUGAAAGCCACAGGACAGUUGUCUGGAAUCAAACUCCUGCAGAGAUUAAGGGCAACUGUGUUGUCGCACCUGGACAGACUGGGGUGAGGGCAGCUUGGGUUUCAGGAGCCAGGAGAUCGUGUGAGGGGUUAAAACCGCCUGUGUGCUGUGUGAAGCGUUCCAUCCGUUUGCCCUGCGGUGUGUGUAGGUAGGAAUAGCUAACGCUUGUCGAGUGCUGCGUGUGUGCCAGGCACAUAGUGAAGUGUCUCCCUCGCAUUAAUGUAUUUAAUCUUCGUAACUAUGAAAUAGGUGCUAUUAUCAUCCCCAUCUUAUAGAUGAGGAGACCGAGGUUCAGGGAGGAAGUAAUAAAGUUGCCUGGGGUCACCCAACCAGUUAAGUGCCAAGUACUUUUGUGCCCCAAGUCCUGCGCCACUAUUCAGUAUUCUGAAUGUCCCCUCUUGAGAAUGUCACCCAGAAUACUCAUUGGGGCUUAAAAUGUCUUUUGAGAAACAAGCUUAUUGCAUGUCGGAAUCUCAAACAGGAAGUGGGGCUGACGUAAAGGGGGGCGAGGAAGCUCGCUUUCCUUUCCCUUCUUGGAGUAGCCGCAGGCACAGAGGCGCUGCACUGCCACCUGGCAGGUGUGGCUGAGCUUCCUCUGCCGCUGGGAAGUGUGUUUCUAAGCCAGUCUUGCCUUUUGCCCUGCUUCCCUGUGCUGUGGUUGGAUUUAGUCUUUUUGCUUCAGCAGGACUGUGAACGAGGCAUUUUAGAGGGGCAGUUCGUUAGCCCUUCGCGUGAACCCGUGACAGAUGCGUUCCCAGGGAUUUGUUUAUUGGACUCUUUUCAGUCACAAGAAAGAGACUCCCAGGUGCCGUCUGUGGAGGUCAGGUGCCCAGAGGCAGGACACACAGGGAAGACGGGAUGUUGCUCCUCAGCAGCAGGAACAGUGUUUCCCAGGCUUGACUGUCCAGCCAGCCUCCCAGAGCUCCAGGUUCAGUGACCUGAGUGACACAUGGCCACCACCUCCAUCCACCCAGCAUCGCGCUUCCUACCGUGUAAGUUCUGAUUGGGCCUUUUUCACAUCACUUGGCUUGAACGGCCCCUACAGGCGCCCCGUCUCAGGCCGGCCUAGACAGCCAGGGACUCAGCCUCUCACGUGGCAGGAGGGUCUGUUGUCGGGGUUGAUUCAGCUCCUCACGAGGGAGCAUUCUUUGUCUCUCUGCUCCUCCGUCCUCAGUGCUGGCUUCAUCAGGCUGGUAGAAAAAUGACUAGCAAUUCCAGGCAGCACAGCAGUACACUAGACCAUUCCAGAAGAGGAAGAAAAAUCUUAUGGUUCAAGGAGACUUCCAGAAGCCCCUCAAGAGACCUUUUGUCAUAACUCAUUGCCCAGCAGUGGGUCACAUACCUAUUCCUGAGCCAGCCCCUGGCACGUGGAGGGAGACUCAGGGCCCAGCCAGGAAGGAGGACUGAGGUGUGGAUGCUGGUGAGGCCAGCAUGGGUGCACUGUUGCCCCACGGGGCGGUGGUGAGCAGGCCUGCCUGCGCCCUGACCACCAAGCACUGGCCUGGUCUAGAGUCCUCCACACUGUGCUAGCAGCGAUCCAGGGGGCCGCCUCCCGCAUAAUGUGAACUUGGCCCUCCGAGGGUUCAGCCCUGAGAGACACAAUGGAAGCGGCCAUCUGAUGCCUAGAAAGCGAGGCUCUGCGUCUGAGUCAGCUCUUCAGGGCACCUCCGGUCGUGACGGGAAUACAUCUCCCGGUCUCGAUCAGCACCAGAGGAACUUGCUCAGUGUACGUGGGAACCAGCCGCUGCUUCUCUUGCCCUUUUUAUCUUGCCGGGGGAGCACCCUACAGUCUGGUCCUGCUCAGCUCAUCAGGAGGGACUGCUCAGCCUUCUCUUGGGCGAUUCUGGAGAGUGGCUGAGCGAUUGUCCUCCGGCCUCCCCCACGGCGACAGCUCUCAUUCGGGCGUGAGGGUCAGGCCUUUCUCCUCUUGCUGUUUAGGGGAAGCAGUCUCUGUGUGAUGGGAUGCGACUUUCUAGCUCAGUGUCACCGUUGGCUGAGGCGUUCCGCUUGCUUGGGCAGGGUUAUUAAAGUCUGUUCCUGAAGCAGGCUCUGCGAGAAGGUUGGGCAGCUGGGAUAGCGAGAUGCCAGGUGUCCUCAGCUUGGGCUCGGCCUUGUCCGGGCUGCCCUGGGGGGUGCGGACCACUGUGGCUUUGGAGGCAGGUCCUGCCCUGCAGCUGCCCGCAGUCCUGAGAGUGAUCACUCUGAGCUGAUGUUCACUGGGUCUCUGUCCUUUUGUAAAUUAAACAACACUGGCUUGAGUCACCCGCGGCCCUCCUCCUGCCAUGUCCAGAGCCCUCUGUAAGCUGCAAGGUUUUUUGCUGUGAUUUCCCACGUUCUUCAUCUGUUGACUCCAUGUAGAACACAGCCUACCUCCACUGGAGCAAGGCAGUUUUUGGAUUUUUACUCAGAAUCGGGGAGAAGUGGGAGGGAGAGGUCUGGUAUCUAAGCAGAGCCAAGGUCUUAGCUGAAUAUUUAACAGACCUGUUCUCAAACUUGUUGGCUGUUUCUCCCUUGGGGAUUUCUCACUGCCCCUCCUCUAUGCAGGGUCCUCCCAUCUGUAUACUUGUCUUCAUCCAGCUCCCCCCAAAACCUCAUGAUUCUUAACCACUGUAUUCCUUGGGGUGAUUCCUGCCAUCCUGCCUUAGCCCACUAGGCCCCCUUUCCACAACUAGGCUGGCCUGUCGAAAGUAUUUGCCAGGUAGACACGGUUCUCCCCUUAAAAAUCGUGUGUUCAGCUGUACAAACUUAGGGCUGUUCAGACUUGUGGUCAGAAUAACAGUUUCUCCCGAAGAUGUCCAAGUCCUAAUCUGUGAGUCUGGAACCUGUGAGUCUGGUCCACAAAACAAAAGGGAGUUUAAGGUAGCAGAUGGAAUUACGGUUGCUAACCGGUUGACCUUAAUAAGAUUAGACUGGGCCCACCCAGGCAAUCCAGGAUUAAAAGUCGAAGAGGGAGACAAAAGAAGAGACUUGCAAGGAACACUCAUCCAGCUGUCAGUAGUUUUGAAGCGGGAGGAAGGGGCCACAGCCAAGGGAUGCAGGUGUCCUCUGGAAGCUGGAAGAGGCGAGAACACUGUGUCUCCCCUGAGCCUCCAGAAGGGACGCAGCUCAGCCAGCACCUUCACUUCGAAGGUGUGCCCACUGAGACCAUUUGGACUUCAGAGCAGUAGGGCUGCAAGGUGCUAAAACCGUGCCAUUUUAAGCCAGUAAGUGUUUGGCAAUUUAAAGCAGCAACAGAAAACUAAUACAGGUCUUAUGAGAAGUUUUCCUCAUUUUUACCUUAUUUCCUAAAAUUUUUGGACUUAAAAAUCGUUCCAUCAUCCUUCACGAUAGUAGACUUCAUCCCAUGAAGGCCGUGGCUAAUUAUCUGAGUAACGAACAGGCUGGGGGAAAGCACACAAGAGCGUAGAAGAUCUAAGCGUCCACCUGGCCAGGUGGCGGGUGAUUCAGAAGCUCCUUUGCUGUAAUGUAGACCUGACCUGACGUCAAGGUCCAAGUCCAGGUUAAUGGAAGGGCAUUAAGACCCUACUGACUCAGGCCUGGGCACCGACGCCGGCACACAGCCUCAAAGUGGAAGAAAUGACGAAGUGCAAGUGCAUCAUUUGUUCAUUUGAAUAGUAUCAGAUUAAAAGUGGCAUAUGAAAUCAUUUUCAUGGAAAUAGCUUUGUGAAAUAAAGGCCCCCUGGGGAUAUUUGAGCAACGCC